CUUGUUUCCAAUAAGAAUGACAGAGUGGCAGGCUACUCGACGGACUUCAUCCGAGGCAAGACCGGUGACCCAAAAGGUGCUCGUAUCCCCAUGGUGUGCCUGUGGGUUUCUCGGUGUUAGGAGCGAGAAGAUGCCGUGGCAAAGAGAGGUUCCCCGGCAUGCCGAAGCCGAAAAAAUGCCCAUGACGGUCGGGGUACUCGGAGAAGCCGGCUUAUGUCAAACCCAUCGUAGCCGGUGUUUCCCCGGGGGGUUUUAGAGGCAUGCGAGAUGAGGCGGACGUUGCUUGCUAGUCGAUCUCAUCCCGCCCCAAACGUGAGUGAGGCCAACUGGACAGGCCCACGUGGCACCAAAGGGAGAGACACCACAAAAGAAAUAUCAUAAUGCAAAAUAAUAGAAAUAAGAGAAAUAAUA